GUCGGGUCCAGCCACUGCUACCUGCGAUCGCGACUGAAUGACUCUAGUCACGGAGGACUGAGCGGUAAGGAUCACCGAAAAGGCAGAAUAGCCUCCUGGAAUUACGUAAGUAAAUCAGUAUUCCAGUCCGGGCGGGCAUGUGGCCAUCGCUACCUGCUCGUUACCCACUCUCUUUCCAAACAAGUUUGACGGACUUACGUCCACCAACAUGAUAUUACUUGAGUCACACAACUACAUCAUCCAGACUACGCUGGCAGAGAAAUGCAUCAAGCCGAGCUCUCUGGACGUUCAGUUUGUUGACUUUGAUGGCGUCCGCUUCCACCUGUCCACGCCCGAGCGCAAGACUGCGUUGCUACUCUCCAUGAACAUCCGUUGCUGGGACGAGCUUGUCAGAUACGGCGUGAACGAUGUGCUCAAACGGGAAUAUGGUGCUCUUCUAAAGGGUGCGCCAGAGCCAGAGUACGACAUAAGUCUGGAGGUUGAUCUCGAGAAGAUGCCCCCGGAGGGUGAGGAACGAGAUGCCUACAUCAAGAACAUCGCACUGCUCAAGCGAAAUGCACUGGCAGUCCCAUUUGAGUCUGCAUUUGCCGCACAGAAACAGCUAGAGGCCGCCGGCAACGGGCAGGGGGGACUAAUGGCCUUGCACUACCGCGACGAAGAGGUCAUCUACGUGCAGGCAUCCCCGGAUCGCGUCACCGUUAUCUUCUCGACCAUGUUCCGCGAAGAGACAGACCGUAUCUUUGGCAAGGUCUUUCUCCAGGAAUUCGUCGAUGCACGCCGGUUGCCCACGAUCCAGAGUGCGCCGCAAGUCCUUUACACCACACGCGAACCUCCCCUGGAGAUCCGUCACCUUCCGGGGCUCACCGACUCCGACGACGUGGGCUACGUGACGUUCGUCCUCUUCCCCCGCCACUUUGCCAACGCAGAGAUUGCAUCGGCCACGAUUAGCCAUAUUCAACUCUUCCGUGACUAUCUACAUUAUCACAUCAAAUGCUCGAAGGCGUACAUGCACUCGCGUAUGCGGCACCGGGUCAGCGAGUUCCAGAAGGUGCUAAACAGAGCCAAGACAGAGGUUGCUGUUGCCGACAGGAAGACUGCGAGCGGUCGCUCUAUGAUGUCGCGUUAAGUGCGAUCAUUAGAAUGGUUCAAUGUCAAGGAUCCAUUGUAUUUCUAGCGGCUCGGGCUUAUAAAUGAUAAUUUGUACGAGACACUGGGGAUGAUAUAACUUAAGUCCGGUUUUCCUACGUCCCGGUAGAGCGCACGAAGACUAUCAAUAAAUCUACAAAGUAUGCGUUGAUGCAGAU